CCAGGUAAAAGUGAUCGAUUGGUUGAGUCUGCGCAGGUAGUUCAGGAAGAGCUGAAGUCACAACUGUUGGGAGUAAACUCAACCGAAACCGUUUUGACUUAGUUGUGACGACUUCAUCUUUAGUUGGCUGGAUGUUGUCUAUAACAAUGAGAACCUUUUUUAAAAAGGAGACUAUACAACACGAUAGCUGUUCGUGAAAACCGCUGAAAGUUUCCCGAUUUUUCUUAUUGGCGUCGAGGCUGGGGCACAUAUCCGCCGCUUCUUUAAGUUUUAUUUUGCUGGUGUAGAGCUGUCCCCAUCAUUAUGUGCCACUUUUCAUCAUAGGUGCACACACGACCAUGUUGCUCCAUCUGAUCAUGCUCCUUCAGCUGCUGUCCAGUGGAGAUCUGGCCUGCAUCAGAAGGUUACGCUCCAAACAUGAGGAAGACCAAGAAGUGUUUGUAGCUGCGGGGAACGCAAAGUCGUUCCUGGUUCGCCAUCUGCUGUUCAACAGGUUUGACUUUGAGAUGUUCGUUCCCGGAAACCUGGAAAGAGAGUGUUUUGAAGAAGUGUGCAAUUAUGAAGAAGCAAGGGAGGUUUUUGAAAAUAUCCCUGAUACAGACGAUUUUUGGAAGAAGUACACUGAAGAUAAGAACAAAUCUCCCACGGUAGAUGUGACGUCUCUUUUGGUGGGACUGAUUGUUGCUGGUGUGGCCAUUAUUAUUACUGCAGUUCUGUUCUGGUAUUUCUGUCAUGGUAAAUGCAAGGGCAACUUCAGCCGUGCGAGUUCAAUUCAGGUGCGCCGGAGGAGGAGUAAUGCUUCUCUAAUACUGCGACGGCUAGAGGAAGUGUCUUUGCAACCUGUGCUCCCACCUGCACCCCCGCCCCCUACGGAGGAACCCCCAGGACUGCCUUCCUAUGACCAGGCAAUCGCAACAAGUGGUCCGCAUGAUGCCCCACCUCCUCCGUAUCCUGGCUCACGACCAGGAAGUAUUCGACAGUAGUAUCUUCAGGACAACUCAUCUGCAUAUGUGUUAACAUCCAGCAAUUUACUGCUAACAUUUACACUGCACUGCUCUGCUUAACAUCUUAUACAAUUUUUCCUCAAACUAUUAAAACAAUGUCUCAUGCCUUCUCUUUAUUGCUCUUUUCCACACAGAGAUUUUAAUCAUUUCUGCCCAGUUGGUGUACUUGUUCCUUUGCAAUAUAAACUUGUCAGUUUUUUUUCUUGACCUGCGCUUGCUGAAAUGUAGUUUUGUGGUAGCCUCUGCUUUCUCAGGUGAUUGUGUUCUGAAUUAUAACCCCUACUUUAUGGUAAAUAAGCUUUAGCAAUACAUUUUACAGUUUGCUGCUUUUAAUCAAAAUUAUAAUGAAGAAUCUGUAAAUGUUUUGGACACAAGAGCUUUAAGAUGCUGGAAUACGUAGGCUCUUAAUGUGUAAUAUGCCUGAGUGCAACACUAUGAUUAUGUUUCAAUCCACAAUGAGUAUUAAUUUUAAUCACGGAGAGACAGACUGGUGUGUUGUCAUACAGCUUUUUGUCUCCUUCAGAAGGAAAACAGUAUCAGCAAAGCAGCUUUUAAUGGCAUGAUGGUAAGAUGUCAUAAAGGAAAUACUUCUAAGGUUAACACAAGGUGUUUUCUGAUGCACCAGCUUACUUUAAGAUUCAUUUUGUA